ACAGCGGCGAUGGCCCUGGUCUUGAGCGGGAUCUACCACGGGCAGCCCCAGGAAACCGUCCCCGACCUCGUCGGCUACCUGGGCCUGAUUUUCCUGAGUUUGACCUUCACAGCCUGUAUCAACAGCACGGCGGUCUUGGAACUCAUGCACCAGGAGCGUCCGGCGUUCUACCGGGAGCGUUUCGCGGGCGCCUACGGUGUGCCGGCCUAUGCCCUCUCCUGGCUGCUGGUGGAAGUGCCCUACGUCGGGGUCCAGUCCGUCCUUUUCCUCCUUUUCCUCUACUUCCCCCUCGGAUUCUCCACUGCGGCCUGGCGGGUCGCCUGGUUCUGGGCCUUCCUCUUCCUCUACAUGCUCUUCGCCACCGCCUUUGGCCAGGCCCUGGCGGCCUUGACCCCGAGCACGCAAACGGCG